AUGUGUUUAUCGUCCAGGGAGGGGGCUUUGCUUCUAGAUUAGGUUUGGCAUAUGUGUAGCUGCCAGAGUGCUUGCAUUGAGCUGGAAUGCGCAGCUCAAAUUUUGACCUAUUGGAGCGCUAUCGAGUCGAAUCGAUCGCAGGAGGCGAUCGCUUUGGCAGAGAUUUAGUCGAUGAACGAUCGCUUGAUCGGAGGUAAUGUGGGCUAGCUAGAGAGCAAUCGCUUUGGUGCUGCAACCAUGUUGGAGGACUACGUUGCGUUCUAUCUCCAAAAGUAUUUGGGGAAGUACGUCAAAGGGGUCUCCAAGGAGGCCUUGAAGAUCAGUGCAUGGCAAGGAAAUGUGGAGCUCACGAAUAUGCAGCUCAAACCGGAAGCUUUACUGGAAUUGAAGCUCCCCAUUAAAGUCAAAGCUGGAUUUCUGGGAUCCGUAAAAUUGAAAGUUCCGUGGAGCCGGCUGGGACAAGAGCCUGUUAUUGUGACUCUUGAUCGCAUAUUUGUGCUGGCGGAGCCUUCAUUCAAAGUCGAAGGUGCUGAUGACGAUGCGGUUGAAGAAGCCAGAUAUCAGUAUAUCAAGGAACAUGAAACCGCUCUUGUCACUUCUACGCAAGACCAAGGGCAGCAGCAACAGACCGAGAUGAAUAACUCUUGGCUGGGAUCGUUGAUUGGAACUAUAAUUUCCAAUAUAAAGCUUUCUGUUACAAACAUUCACAUCAGAUUUGAGGACACUGAAAGCAAUCCUGAGCAGCCAUUUGCCAUUGGAGUUACUCUGGAAAAACUUGCUGCUGUUACUGUUGAUGACAAUGGGAAAGAGCUAUUUGUCUCCGGGGGCGCGUUAGAUAAAAUCAACAAGUCCGGUGAGCUGAAAAGGCUAGCAUUUUAUUUCGAUUGCAAGUCGAAACCAUGGGACUUGGACUUUGAAAAUCUUUCGCCUGAAGGCUGGAGCAAGGCAUUUGAACCUGGUGUUCGCGAGGAUGCUGAGAAAGUCCACCACGCGUUUCUCUUACAGCCCGUGGAUGGCAUGGCACGGUACAGUAAACUAGGCACACGUGACGAAAGAAGUGCGGACAAACCUGCUCAAACUGCAGCAGUCGUGCUUGAAAAUGUUACACUUUGUCUUUCAGAGCCCCAAUAUCGGGAUGUAUUGACGCUUUUCGACAACAUUUCGACGUUCAACAUGCGUGUAGAACAUGCACAUUACCGCCCAAAAGUUACAGUUGCAGAAGAUCCAGCAGCUUGGUGGCAAUAUGCCAUUAAAGCUACAAUAGAAAAGAACAGGAAGGCCAGUGGCCAUUUGAGCUGGGAUCAGCUUUUACACCAUGCACGUAUGCGGAAACAGUACCUGUCUAGCUAUGCAAAAUGUUUGCUGGCAAAUCCCGAUCGUAUUUCAAUCAAUGAUGAUGAUGGGAUCAGACAGCUUGAAUCAAGUCUCAACAAGGAUGUUAUUGUUCAAUGGAGAACUAUUGCGCAUACACUGGCAGAUCAAGCUAGAAGAGAGAAUGCUGAGCAUGAGAAAGAACAAGCUAAAAAAAGAUGGUGGCCGUUCGGAUGGGGUGGCCAAUCUGAUGGGGGCGGUGAACCAAGAGGCCUCUCCGAUGACGAAUGGCAGCAAUUGAAUCAAGCUAUUGGCUAUCAAGAAGGCAAGCCGUCGACCUUGAUGCCGGGUCAGGACGCACCAAAUAUGCUGCAUACGGUUUUGCAAGUUCAAAUGCAUUACAACGCGUCGAAACUCAUUUCGGAAAACGAAGAGGAGCUUCUAACCCUGUCUUGCGAAGGGCUACAAAGUAGUAUCAGGCUUUAUUCCGAAGCCAAAGACUUCGAUCUCAAACUCGAGUCGUACAAAAUCUGUUGUCCCGAAGGAUUACUUGCGGAGAGUGCCAGUCAUCUUGAUGCUCUGAGUGCCACAUUUUCGUUAGCUCCAGUGAAUGAGGAUCUUGACUGGAGUCUGUCUGCAGGAGCCUCUCCUUGCUAUAUUACGUACCACAAAGCAAGCAUCGACAGGGUCAUUGCGUUUUUCAGUAGCAGGACAUCUGUAAGCCGUGAAGUUGCAAUACAGACGGCUGCGGCAUUUCAGAUGACUUUGGACGAAGUUACAAGGAAAACGCAACAGCAAUUCAAUGAGGCUUUAAAAAAUCGUCCCAGGUUCUCAUUAUUUUUGGACAUAGCUGCUCCCAAAGUCACCAUUCCAACAGAUUUUUAUCCAAAAAACUCACAGCGGACUAAACUCAUGCUUGAUUUGGGGCAUUUCAAAAUGAAGACGGAACGGGGUGAAGAGCAACGAAUUUCCCAGGAGGAGAGUGAGAUGUACAUGUGCUUCAAAAUGCAGCUAAACGACGUGUCUGGCUUUUUGGUUGACGGCGACUGCGAUUGGGAUGCGGUUCACUCUUCCAAAGAUUCAGGAGUUCUGCCCGUAAUUGAGAAAUGUGCCGUUUUUGCCUUGCUGCAGCAGAUAUGUGUUCCUCAUCCUUCAUACCCAUCUACACGAGUGGCCGUGCGAGUGCCUUCUGUGGCUGUACAUUUUUCUCCUGCUAGAUAUCAUAGGCUUAUGCAAGUUGUGGAACUGUUACAAGGCGGUUCUACAGAUGUAUCGGUUCGUCCCUGGGAGCCAGCCGAUUUUGAAGGAGAUCUUACUGUUCUUGCUUGGAAGGGUAUGGGAAACAGGGAGGCCGUUUGGAAUCAUCGUUACGGAGUUAUAGCGGCGCCUUCUUUCUAUAUUUUGGAAUCUGUGUCCUCUGAAUCAUAUGAGCACUGCGUGAGCCUGUUCGGCAAGCAAGUAUAUCUGAUUCCACCUGAAUCAGUGGGAGGUAUUGCACACGUGCUUGCAUUAUGCGAUCCGGAACAAUUUAGUAAAAAGGUGGUAGAGUCUGUAAGUGCUGUGAUAUUACGAUUCAAGGACGAGGAUACUCUAGAAAACUGGCGGGCACAUUUUAUGGCUAUCAUUCGUAAGCUAAAUAGCUCGCAGGCUGUGGUUCGCGGAACAGCAGGCAAAGAUUCCAAAGAUAAGAAUGUCUCUCCUGUUGGACCUGCUGGGGAAAAAGAAAAACUGUUUUUAACUGGGACGUUGGAUGAGUUGAAGAUCUGUAUUGCUAGUACCAAAACGGGGCAUAGUGAUCGGGAACAAGUUCUAUUGGGAGAAGAAGGAUCUUUACUCGAACUGCGAGCUAUCGGAAGCAAGGUGGAGUUUCUUAUGAGGGACAACGAUAUGGCAGUUGGUGCGGCUUUACUCUCUCUCGAAAUCGAGGACAGAUGGUAUGGACAAACGUCACCGUCAUGCCGUUAUCUUGCUCGGUCAACCAUAUCGGAGUCAGAACUGAACAAUCCGCAGAAAGAGAGCAUUGCCAGAGAAAAUUCGCCAGCUGAGAGAUUCUUUGACAGUUCCGAUGAGUUCGAUUUCGAAAAGACAUCGCAAGAGGACGGUUCUGGUAAAAGUGUUCUCUCAAGGCGUUCUUCUUCACAGUUUUAUGAUGCGGAUUCUAGCUUUCACGAGAAAAGAAGCGAGUUCGUCAGAACUCCUGAUUUGCUUCCUCCUCUAGAGGACCAACUAACUUUUGGACGUGAUCAGGAGCUGAAAAGUUUUAUCAAAGCUCAAGUGAUUCUCAGCGCCCCUGAAGCUACAUCUUACAGCAACAUCGAUAAGCAGGUGAAAGUAUCAUUAGCAACUCUUGCAUUUUAUCUUAAUCGACCAACGCUGGUUGCCCUUAUGGAUUUUGUUACUGCUAUAACCACUUCUGUGGAACCAAAAUCCGACACUCCACAGUCUGAGCCGGGCGAUUCUAAAGACGUCGUCAGUCUUAUAACUCCAGCAGACGUUCAUCAAAGUGGAUCUGUUCCAAUGUUUGAUAGAAAGGACUCGGUGGUGAAAGGUUUACUUGGCACAGGAAAAGUUCGUGUGGUGUUUUUGCUUAUUCUGGAUAUGGAUCGUGCUCAACUAGUUUUGAAUCGUGAUGACGGGCAUCAGCUGGCUACGUUGUCUCAAGAACAUCUUCACGUAACUGUGAAGAUUUUUCCCGCAUCUUAUGCAAUUGUUGCUACGCUUGGAAACCUUCGAAUUACUGAUGACAGUCUCAAAGGAGGACAUCCCUAUUAUUGGUUGGUUGACAUGCGUGAUCCAGCAGGGAAAUCAUUUGUUGAGUUGGAAUUCGUUUCGUUCAAUGAAGACGAUGACGAUUACGAGGGCUACGAGUUUAGUCUUUCUGGACAGCUUUCUGAAGUUCGUGUUGUAUAUCUUCAUCGGUUUAUCCAAGAAAUAUCGUCUUAUUUUUUGGGCCUUGUUCCUGCCGAUCCUGGAUAUAUAGUAAAACUGAAAGAUAAAGUUGGUGACGCUGAGAAAACGUUCACGCAAUCUGAGGUUCAAGGAGCGCCAGCUAUGAAGCUUGACUUAUCGCUGAACAAACCUAUCGUGAUUUUUCCCAAAGACACCAACAGCAAUAGUUUUUUGGAGCUGGAUGUACUUCAUAUCCAUGUAAUAAAUACGUUCCAGUGGCUAGGAGGAGGAAAAGAAGACAUAGGAGGCAUUCGUUUGGAACUUAUUUCUCUAAAGGUUGAAAACAUCCAUCUCGUGGUGUCUAUGAAUGGAAAAUUUGGAGAAAAUAUCAUCAAAGACUCUAGUGGCCUGGUUGUGACUGUGAGAAGGACCUUGCGCGACCUCAGGCGACAGCUCCCAGCGAUUGAUGCAUCAGUCGAGGUUCAACUGCUGAAAGCAGCAAUGUCAGACAAGGAGUACCAGCUUAUGAUAGACUGUUGUACCAGUAAUCUAUCUGAAGCACCAAAUCUGUCACCUCCUGUAUGCCAGCCAGGAAAAGGGAAGGAGAAAGCGGAGGAGAAAGAGGAGGAGAAAGAGGAGCAGAAAGAGGAGCAGAAAGAGGAGGAGAAGGAGGAGGCUCCACAUACUGAAACGAAAGAUGUGCAAGAAGGUAGCACAUCUGCGAGCAAUUCCUCGGAGGUCUGGACAACUCUCAAGCUGACGGUCGACGUCUCCAUAAUAGAGCUGGCUGUAUUCAUUGGAAGAACGCAAUAUACGCCACUAGCCAGCAUACAGGUUAGUGGUGUCUGGGCAGCUUAUAAGAUGUCCAGUAAUGAGGAACAAUAUAUCAUGGCCAGCCUUGAUUUUCUGAACGUUUCUGAUGAUCGUGAAGGCAUAGAGCCGGAGCUAAAGUUUAUGGUUGGAAUGGCUAGUGAUGAUUCAAACCUACUGAACAGAGACGAAAUUGAAGGUUCGCGUCUUGUGAUGCUGGUCUUGGACGCCAAACUAAAUCCAGCUUCCCAAAUGAUCACUUUGCGGAUACAACGACCUCGAGUUUUAUUGGCUUUAGAUUUUCUCCUGGCUGUUGCGGAGUUCUUUAUUCCUUCCAUUGCUGACGUACUAGGGAGCAAUACCGGAGGCAAUGACGAGCUUCCUUUCGACAUGAAGAACUGGCUGUUCCUGCACAAAUCUCCGUACUUUCAAGAUUCUGACGAGGUUACCUUGUCACCGAAGCAUGCUCUUGUGGCAGACGACGAGAAUAUUGAGAUUUAUAUUUAUGACGGAGGAGGCGGUCGUAUCCGGUUGACAGACGCUAGCGGAGAUCCUGUAGGCGAUUCUUUUGAAGGGCCUCUUGUCGUAGUCGGCCAUGGAAAGUCACUUCGGUUUAGGAACGUGGUUAUUGAGAAUGCCCGCUGUCUGGAUCGCUUCGUCUUGCUGGGUAGCAACAGCUCGUACUCCGCUUCCAAACAUGAUGGCGUCUUUUUUGAAUGGAAGGACGAGCAACCUCCAGAAGGUGAUGAUGAAAGUGCCAACAAGAAAAACAACACGUCAACAAAGGCUGAACUCACUUUCGACUUACAGGCAAUAGGCCCAGAACUUGUGAUGCAUACGUCUGGAGGCAGUUCUUCAGAUAUUAAAGAUCAGCUGCUCUUUGCGAAAAUGGAUAUCUUUUCGAGGCUUGUAAUGAAAGGAGACGAUCUCGAAGUAUCUGCAAAAGCCAACAACUUUUGUAUUCAAGGUCGGAGGGGAAUUUAUGUUUUGGAACCUGUAGACACCAAUUGCCGGUACUCAAAGGUGUCCACGAAGCAAAAUCUGCACGCGACAAUGUCGGACGUGGUUUGCAACUUGACCUUCAGUAUGAUUCAGCUUAUCCUUAAACUACAAGAGGAUGCACAAUCUCUAAUACUACUUACUUCGAAAAAGAUUGCUGUCGAAUGUACUGAGUUCGACAGGAUAUGGGCCGAUGAAGUAAGAAGUGGCUCUUCCCAGAUAACGUUCUGGCGACCGCGCGCACCUCCAGGCUUUACUGUUCUUGGUGAUUGCUUGACUGUUGUGGAUGAGCCGCCUUCCAAAGGCGUGAUUGCGAUGAAUAUGAACCUUGUGCAUCUCAAGAAGCCGGUAGACUUUCGACUCGUCUGGUCCUCGUCCGCAAAUGAAGAUGACAGUGAGCAGUGCUGUGUGUGGCUGCCUAUAGCACCCGAAGGCUACGUUGUUUUGGGUUGCGUAGCAUCAAUCGGACGAAGUCCUCCGUCGGCAAGUCCAACACUGUGCGUGCUCAAGCAGCUUGUCACGGAAUGGUACAUGAGGGACUGCAUCCAGGUGAACGGCACUACUGAGCAGGAGUGGGCAUUUUGGCGCGCUGAUAAUUCGAGCGCGUCUUUCUUCCCCAUUUCUGCGCUCAGGAAACCUCAUAGCUCUAGAAUCUACGAGCUCCGGCACGUUGCUUUCGAACUUGAAAAAGCCGAAGAUCGUUUUGGCACUACAAAGACAAGCGGCGAAAGUGCUCGUUCAUCUGAUGAAGACAACGGUGUACUUCUUACCACUGUUACUCGUUUCAAGCUCAUAUGGUGGGAUAAAGGUGCCAAGUCAAAGAAGAGUGUUUCCAUCUGGAGGCCAGUAACACCUUCGAGAUGCGUAAUCCUUGGCGACAUAGCAGUUGAAGGGUAUGAACCACCAAGUGUGGCUUUCACCCUUCAAGACACUCAGGAUAAUGUCUUACUACAAAAGCCGCUGAAGUUUGUGAAGAUGGGUGUUAUUCACGAAAAGAAGGGACUGAAGCCUGUAACCUUUUGGUUUCCUGUGGCCCCUCCCGGGUAUGCAGCUCUCGGCUGUCUAGCAAUUCGAGGCUACACUCUAGAUGCUGAGGCUAGUGACAAAAUUCGCUGUGUUCGCAACGACUUUGUACUUGAGACGGAGUUUUCUUCGCCCAGCUUGUGGGACGGUAGACAAGUAAAGCGAUUGAACGACGACAUAAGCAUCUGGCCUUUGCAAACUAUGGACCACGAGUCUAAGGCGGCGACUUUUGUUACUAAUAUCACUCAAGAAGCGCCUCCAAAGCAGUUGGCUUUUAAGCUUAAGGACAUUGGAAAUCAAAGUAAUACUGACAAUUUAGUCGGUGAUGGCGAAAUUCGACGAGUCUCCGCGACUAUAUUUGAUGAUUUUGGCGGAAUGGUAGCACCUCUUGUCAAUGUUUCACUGAACGGAUUAACCGGUAGCGUGCACGGAACACCUGAUGCAAUGGAAUCUACUGCACAUUUUUCGAUGGUUGCUACUUCUUACAAUGGACGGUGUGACGCUUGGGAGCCUCUGGUUGAGCAGACGGAAGGCUAUGUGAGAUAUACGAAGGAAUCUACAUCUUUGUGCUCCAGUCAGUCGCAAGUGAGUGUAGCAGCGACAAGCGACUUAAAUAUCAAUGUUUCGACCGCAAACCUCAACAUGUUGCUAGACGCAUACUCAAGCUGGAAUAAGCUUGUUAGCAUGGACGCGGCACCCAAGGGACGGGGUGGAGCCAGGAAGCAAACUGUGCAGGAAAGAAAACUUCAGAUUGUAUGUCAUAACGACCUUGGCCAGAGGUUCUAUUGCCGACAUUUGGAUGAAGACUCCAGUAUAAAAAUAACGCCAAUCGAAUCGGGAGAAUCUGAAACUUUCAGAACACCGAGUGUCAUGAGUUUGCAGGACCCAUUCACCAACGAAUCUGUCAGACGGAAGUCCGUGACAGUCUUGACGUUGGCGCUAUGUGACGCUGAGGUACCGAAAGACGAUGGAUUCGGUGGUAGACAAUACAUGGUCGCUGUCCGUCUGCUGCCGCAGUUGAAGACCGCUGAGCAGCACCAGUUUCAGUAUCAAAGUGCUCGCACGAGGUGUGUGAAUCCCAGUGGUAAGACUGGUCCUGAUGGCGAUAGAGUUUCUCUCUUAUGGAAUGAGGUGUUCAGUUUUGCAAUUGAAAAUGUGCAAGCGUAUAGUAUGGAGGCUUUAGUCACGGAUCUAUCGAAAGGUGCACCAGCGGGUUAUUGCUGUAUAGCUUCACUGCGAGAGCUAAAACUUUACGCUGGCACUCUGGAAACCGAUCUUUUUGCUGGAGCCGCGGACCAGGUCAAUCAUCAUAAUCCUGUUGGGAAAAUUCGAUUUGCGUAUAAGUUUCACUCCAUGGCAAGGAGCCUCCAGGAUAGUAAUCUGCGAAACGUAGAAAGGACUGGCCUUGAUCCGGGAACAAUUCAAGUCGGAUCUUCUCCAGACGGUCCUUGGACUAAACUGUGCCUGACUCUUGCUUCGAGAAGUUCCUACCUGAAAAUUGGAAGCGAAGCUGCUGCAAGUGAACUUGGAGUUAUUGGUGGAGUGAAGCAUCUCACAGUAAGGUCCCUGGUUAGACUUCAAAACAACACCUCCGUUACCAUGGAAGUAUCGCUCUUCCCGCAUUCUGCCAACCAAGAUUCUCAGGAGAAUGAUACAAUAUCUGAAGAAGUAUUUGAGAAUGAGCGAUUUCAACCAAUGCUUGGUUGGGGAAGUUCAUGGCCGGGACAUCUUUUGCCGUUGGAUCCCGGACGGUGGAGCAAGAGGGACCUUUCAGGAUCUUCUCAAGAGUUUCCACAAGUCGAGCUUCCUUUGGGCUGGGAAUGGAGUAGUGAUUGGUUUGUAGAUACUUCAGUGUUGGAUCCGGACGGAUGGGUCCAUGGCUUCAGUUUCCAAGCGCUGACAGAUUUUCCUGGAGGAAACUACGUUGGCAAACUCAAUUUUGUACGAAGGCGACGAUGGUUACGUACGAGAGAACGGACUUCGAGCUUGGAAAGCUCUCGAUGCAUAUUGGGGUCAAUUAAACCCGGCGAAGUGAUUGGGAUGCCUUUAGCAUGUUUCCGAGAGGCGAGGCAGGAUUACUCUUUGCAACUAAGGCCACAGUUUGACGGAUAUGGUUGGACUCAGGCAGUUUUAUGUCAGACACGAGGCCAGAAAAAACUGCCUGCACAAGAUAUCAACGUUCGCUCUUUGCUCACGGAUCAGUUCCUUUCCAGCUGCCUCUUGGAAGCUGCCAGUGCGGGAGCAGCUGCAAGAAGUAUGUGGUUCUGCUUGGACGUCAACUACACCGACAUUGGAAAGGAUGCAUAUAUUGGACCUGUACGAGACUGUCAGCUGAUGCUCAGUGCUCCAUUGAAGAUUGUCAACCAUCUCCCAGUAUCAGCUGAGUACUCAGUGCAUGACUCCUCGCGUAUCAGAGGUUACCGAAUGCAAGAUAAAGGAGUGGUCUUAUCGGGUGAGGUAGCGGAAAUUUACAACGCUGAUGUGAGAAGACCGGUGUAUUUGUCGUUCGUUCCAGAAGGCUCCUGGCAUCCAACAAAGGACUUGGUCUUGAUUUCACAUCCUUUCUGGGAUGUCGCGAAGGACAUGAUCCUGGAGAACUUAUCUACUAAAAGGAAGAUCAAAGUUCAUAUUGAAUAUGACUACGAAGAGGAGGUGACAGGAAAAGUGUUACGAAUCUCCGUGCCAUUCUGGAUUGACUGUGCUAGAUGCCCACCGCUGCGGCUUAAAGUUGUGGACAUUGAUAGUCGAUCGAGCACGGGUUGUCUGCCUAGUACAGUCUCUUCUACGAGUGAAGAAGUUUUGGAUGACAUCCCAUACAGUGAGCUGCGGAGCCCGUUCACAAUGAUCUCUCCGUUUACUCCGAAGUCCAGUGGCAUGGCCGCCUCUCUCGCUUCAGAUACUUUUGGCGCUGUCUCACCCCUGGCAGACCUUGACAAAUCGGAUGGCGCUGUUGAAGUAGUCGCGACCGACGGGAAAUGUUAUUUCAGGCUCUUGGUAACCACAGCAUUGUGUCCAAUAAAAUUUGCACACACGAAGGUCGUCACGAUAAGGCCGUUCAUCACGUUCACCAAUAGAUUUGGUGCUGAGCUAUUCAUGAAGCAAGCGUCUCAAGAAGAGCCUUGCAAGCUCAACUCAUAUGACUGGAGGACGGCCUUCCCAGUUUCUUCUAUAAGUGAGACGUUGUCGCUUCAGGUGCGCACAGAGUCUUCGCAGUGGUCUUAUCCUAUAAAAAUUGAGCAAGAAGAAACUAUUCAUUUUUACGUGCAAGGCGAUGAUAAGAAGAAGUAUUUUAUACGGGUGGAGGUUCGUAGUCAUCAGGAAGGAUCCAAGUUUGUGCUAGUGUUUCGUCGUGGAUCACUACGAGGGCCUUACCGGAUUGAAAAUCGGACGAGACAAAAGAGGCUUCGGUUUCGGCAGCUGGGAACUUCUGGUGAUGAUUGGGAACUUCUUUAUCCAAACUGCACCAGAUCUUUUGCUUUAAAACAUCCGAGUGGACAACACAUUUUAGAGUUGCUGCCGGAGGGAGUUCCUGAGGAUAAGAUUCAUAAAUAUGACCUUGACAAACUUGAAGAAACAAGCACGCUAGAUGUCCAUAUUCGAGGAUUGGUGCUUCACGGGUUUAAGCUGAUAAAACUCACAGAUAGUGAUGAGAAGCAACAAGAGCCAUCUGAAGCAGUAGAGGAUGAGCAGUUGCUUCAACCGAAGGAGGCAACGGAUCAACUUAAGAUUGUCCUGGAUAUUGGGAAACUGGGUUUCUCUAUCAUCGACCAAAGGCCGCAGGAAAUAUUUUACCUCUACAUGGAAAACUUUAAGUUCUCCAUUCUCAACAGUUUCCAAGAGAACACUACAAGAUUCAAAGUACGUUUUAAAUAUCUCCAACUAGACGAUCAGAAUAUAUUGUCGGCCUCGCCGGUUAUUUUUGCACCGGACAGUAGAGGACUUUCAUCGGACGAAAACGUUUUAAAAGCUUCCGUCAUUCUUCUAAAUGACAAGGAAGAAGGUACAAAGGUGUACCCGUAUGUUGGCUUUUGGGUUACGAAAAGAGCUUGGCGAAUCAACGUACACGAACCAGUUAUAUGGACAGCAAUAGGAAUGUACAACAACAUUCAACUGGAUUCGCUUUCCUCGGAUUCACAAACUGUCGAAGCAGAUCCGGAAAUUAGAACCAACUUAAUCGACAUCUCAGAAGCUCACCUAAGAGUUACUUUGCAAACGGAGCCUGGUUUGCGACCUCGGGGUGUACUCGGGAUAUGGAGCCCCUUGGUAUCAUUAGCUGGAAACACGAGCAAGAUGGCGAUCCAUCUUUCUGGAGUGACAUUGGAGAACCGAUACAUGAGACAGAGCGAGGUGUCAACGGCUGUAUUAAAUCAUAUACGCAAAGACUUGGUUCAUCAAGCGCUUCAACUUCUUCUAGGUGUCAAUAUGUUUGGUGUUGCGAGUUCUACACUCGAAACUUUAAGUAAGAGUGCCGCAGACCUCUCGCGGGAUGAGAAGUUUCAACAAGUUCGUUUGAAACAGGAUCGGCUCAAGCAUGUCUCUGGUGUUGGUGAUGGUUUACUUCGUGGUGGCGAGGCACUGGCACGCGGUUUUGCUUUUGGAUUAUCAGGUGUGGUAAAGAAGCCUUGCAACAGCGCUCGAGAAAAUGGUUUCGUCGGUUUCUUCCAAGGAAUUGGGAAGGCUUUCACGGGUUUUGUAUUCCAGCCUCUCAGUGGUGUGCUGGACUUUAUUGCUCUUACCGUGGAUGGAGUGAACAUAAGCUAUACAAGAUGUUUUGAAGUGUUCACGCAUGAACGGAACUUGACAAGAGUACGUUUGCCGAGAGCAAUACGUAGUGACGGUGUGCUCCUACCGUAUGACGAGAGAGCUGCUCUGGGACAGGCAAUGCUGCAACUUGCCGAAGACCACAACUUCGGGCAAAAUGUCGUGUUUAAAGACCCGGCAAAAUUUUCUCUGAGCGAUUUCUAUGAGGAUCACUUUGACGUGCCAGAAAACCGAGUGGUUUUGAUAACAAAUCGUCGAAUAAUUUUGAUCACGCAACCAGGCUCGUACAAAUCUAUUCGCAACGUGUCUCCCUCAAAUCCUUGCAAAAUUAUAUGGGAAAUUCCUUACAUGGAACUUCUAUCUGUAGAAACAGCUAAAGGAGGGCAGUCAACCUGCUAUGUCGUUCUACACCUUCGCAACGAUCCGAAAACUUUCGCUCAAGUUAUCAAAUGCUCAACAGAGGGUACGGACAUGCGUACGACGGAGCUAAUCCUGGAUUCCAUCCGGUCGAGGUGGAACAAGUAUGGUCCUGACAGACAAACGGUUAUGUCACAGAUGAGAAAAUGGCAGCAGACAAGAUCAAUGCCAACCCCGAGAGCAUCGAAGCGUGCGCUCGCGUCGGACAGGAGGAAAGACACCGACGAGGAGGCUAGUGACUCCUCUGUAAGCGAUGGACGAAUAACAACCAAAGAAGUCAUACUCUUCGAGCAGAUCUGGAAGAGCGAGCAGGACUCGGGUGUUUGCUGUACAACGUUUUCGUCAGCGGGAGCUGACUGUGGAGUACAAUGUACUAUAUGGCGGCCGAUUGUUCCCGACGGCUAUGUCUCCAUUGGAGACAUUGCAUACCACGGCACGAAUCCACCCACGGUGACGGUGUCCUACAAGAACAACAACGAUGGCAUGUUUGCUCUUCCAACAGGCUUCGAUCUGGUGUGGAGGAACUGGAAGGAUGGAUACGAGCCAGUGACGAUAUGGAAGCCGAGAGCUCCGGCUGGGUACGAGAGCCUGGGAUACGUGGCCUCGCCUGCAUACGUGGAGCCGGCGGCGGACGUGGUGUGGUGUGCUCGUACUGACGCUGUGGAGGCGGCGGCGUUCCUGGAGCAAGCGUUGUGGCACGCCAAGCAACCGUGGCACUGCUACAUCUACCAGGUACAUAACGACGCUCUCACCUUUUUCGUGAGCAGGGAAGCGAAAAAGAAUGGGGUCUCGCGAGCCGCCAAGAGAAUCGCCGCUACUAGUACCAUGUAAAAAAUUCUAAGCUUGUUUGGAAAAUAAAUUCUGCAACCUUAAAACGUUAAA